UCGGUUAAGCAAAAAAGAAGAAGAAGGAAGAAGACGAAGAAGAAGAAAACCCCGAACGCUUCAGAGAAAAUGGCGAACCUAGUUGAGGCGAAGACUCAGUCGGACUUUGAGGGGAUCCUCGCCAAAGCCGGCAAACGACUAACGGUGGUGCACUUCCAGGCGGCAUGGGCUCCUCAGUGCAGCCUAAUGAACGAAGUGAUGGCCGAGCUGGCUAAAGAACACACUCACAGCACAUUCGUCCAACUGGAGGCGGAAGCGGUGCCGGAGGUGUCUGAGAAGUACGAAAUCGCCUCGGUGCCAACUUUCCUUUUUUUCAAAGGAGGGGAACAAGUGGACCGGCUGGACGGAGCCCACGCUCCCGAGCUGACCAAGAAGGUGCAGCGUUUGGCCUCGGCGGGUGAGCCUGAAAGCGGCCCUACUGACCUGAACCAGCGGCUGAACAAGCUGAUCAACGCGGCCCCCUGCAUGCUCUUCAUGAAAGGCUCAGCGCAUGAGCCUCGCUGCGGCUUCAGCCGGCAGAUCGUUGCCCUCCUUAAGGAACACGACGUCCAGUUCAGCAGUUUCGACAUCCUGUCCGACGAGGAGGUCCGACAGGGUCUGAAGACCUUCUCGAACUGGCCCACCUACCCUCAGCUGUACGUCAACGGCGAGCUCAUAGGGGGACUGGACAUCGUCAAGGAGCUGGCCGAGUCCGGCGAGCUGGAGAACACCUGCCCGAAAGCGGUCACCCUUGAGCACCGUCUCAAGGCGGCGAUCAACCGGAGCCCCGUCGUGCUCUUCAUGAAGGGCAGCAAGGAGGCGGCGCGGUGCGGCUUCAGUCGGCAGAUCCUGGAGAUCCUGAACGGCACCGGCGUGGAUUAUGACACGUUUGACAUCCUGGAGGACGAGGAGGUACGACAGGGUCUCAAGACUUACUCCAACUGGCCCACCUACCCGCAGAUUUACGUGAAGGGGGAGCUCAUCGGGGGUUUGGACAUUGUCAAAGAGCUGAAGGAGAGCGGGGAGCUCGUGUCUGUGCUUACGGGGGACUCAUAGGUCUUAUUUAUGGGCGACCUCCAUAUGGUUCUUCUGCUGUAACACCACACCAAAAUUAACAAUACCAAUACUAACCUGUGGAUUAUUGCAUCUCGAAUAUAACAAGUGUGUUCAUUUUCUACCACACUGAGAGGUUUUUAUAACCUUCCUUGAGUCAUUUGCUUCACUGUCUGACUCAAAGCGACUACUUUAAGUACACAUGCUAUUACUUUCAUAUUUACUCAUCUUCUAUGUCCAGGAUACAUAAAUAAAAGUGUUACACUUACACUAAAA